AUGACAACAGAGAAGAGUUUAGUGGCUGAGGCUGAAAAUUCACAGCACCAACAACAGAAGGAAGAGGGAGAGGGAGCCACAAACUCAGGCCAACAAGAAACUCAGCUGGGAGAGGUUUCUCAAGCAGCAGCUGAGGGAGAUAAUCAGUGUGAGCAGAAGCUGAAAACAUCCAAUGGAGACACUCCUACGCAUGAAGACUUGACCAAGAACAAGGAGCGGACAUCAGAAAACAGGGGCCUGUCACGGCUGUUCUCCUCAUUUCUCAAAAGGCCUAAAUCUCAGGUCUCUGAGGAAGAAGGCAAAGAAGUAGAGUCAGCCAAAGAGAAAGGUGAAGGAGGUCAGAAAGACAUAGAAUUUGCAACCAGUCUUGAUGAAGAGGUCAUUUUAAAGGCCCCAAUUGCAGCUCCUGAACCUGAACUCAAAACAGACCCAUCCUUGGAUCUUCACUCAUUAAGCAGUGCAGAAACACAGCCUGCUCAGGAAGAACGCACAGAAGAUCCAGAUUUUGAAACUAAGGAAGAAGGAGGAGUUGAAGAGUGCUCUAAAAUAGAAGUGAAAGAAGAAAGCCCUGAAUCAAAAGCAGAAAGAGAAUUAAAAGCUUCCCAGAAAUCAAUCAGAAGACACAGAAACAUGCAUUGCAAGGUUUCUUUGUUGGAUGACACAGUUUAUGAAUGUGUUGUAGAAAAACAUGCAAAAGGACAAGAUUUACUUAAGCGAGUAUGUGAGCAUCUCAAUCUUUUGGAAGAAGACUACUUUGGUCUAGCCAUUUGGGAUAAUGAAACCUCCAAGACAUGGCUGGAUUCUGCCAAAGAAAUAAAAAAACAGGUUCGUGGUAUCCCUUGGAAUUUCACAUUUAAUGUAAAAUUUUAUCCACCUGACCCAGCACAGUUAACAGAAGAUAUAACAAGGUAUUAUUUAUGUCUUCAACUUCGACAAGACAUAGUUGCAGGACGUCUGCCCUGUUCCUUUGCAACGUUAGCAUUAUUAGGUUCUUACACCAUCCAGUCUGAGCUGGGCGAUUAUGACCCUGAACUCCAUGGUCCGGAUUAUGUUAGUGAUUUUAAACUGGCCCCAAAUCAGACCAAGGAACUUGAAGAGAAAGUCAUGGAACUGCAUAAGUCAUACAGGUCCAUGACUCCAGCUCAAGCUGACCUGGAAUUCCUUGAGAAUGCCAAAAAGUUGUCUAUGUAUGGUGUUGACCUUCAUAAAGCAAAGGACUUGGAGGGAGUGGAUAUCAUCCUAGGUGUCUGCUCUAGUGGCCUUCUGGUUUACAAAGAUAAGCUGAGAAUUAACCGCUUUCCUUGGCCCAAAGUGCUGAAGAUUUCUUAUAAACGUAGCAGCUUUUUCAUCAAGAUUCGGCCUGGAGAGCAAGAGCAGUAUGAAAGUACCAUCGGAUUUAAACUUCCCAGUUACCGAGCAGCUAAGAAAUUAUGGAAAGUCUGUGUAGAGCAUCACACAUUUUUCAGACUGACAUCUACAGAUACCAUUCCUAAAAGCAAAUUUCUUGCACUGGGAUCCAAAUUUCGAUACAGUGGCCGAACUCAAGCUCAAACCAGACAAGCUAGCGCUCUGAUUGACAGGCCAGCCCCACACUUCGAGCGUACAGCAAGCAAACGGGCAUCCCGGAGCCUUGAUGGAGCGGCUGUCGAUUCAACAGACCGAAGUCCUCGGCCCACUUCUGCACCAGCCAUUGCUCAGAGUCAGGGCACAGAAGGCAGUGUGCCAGGUGCACCUGUCAAAAAAACACAGAAGGAAACAGUGAAGGUUGAAGAGAAAAAGGAAGAAGUGCCACCUGAGCAAGCUGAGCCAGAGGCCACAGAAGUGUGGAAGAAAAAGAGAGAGAGACUAGAUGGUGAAAACAUUUAUAUCAGACAUAGCAAUUUAAUGUUGGAGGAUUUAGACAAAAGUCAAGAAGAGAUAAAAAAACAUCAUGCCAGCAUCAGUGAACUGAAAAAGAACUUCAUGGAAUCUGUACCUGAACCACGGCCUAGUGAGUGGGAUAAACGCUUAUCCACUCACUCCCCGUUCCGAACACUUAACAUCAAUGGCCAAAUCCCGACAGGAGAAGGACCUCCCCUGGUGAAGACUCAGACCGUCACCCUCUCAGACACAGCCAAUGCUGUGAAAAGUGAGAUCCCAACCAAAGACGUCCCUAUUGUCCACACUGAGACCAAGACCAUCACCUACGAGGCUGCUCAGACUGAUGAGAGCAAUGGGGACUUGGACCCAGGAGUCUUGCUGACAGCUCAGACCAUCACCUCUGAGACCACCAGCAGCACCACCACAACUCAGAUUACCAAGACUGUCAAAGGUGGGAUAUCUGAGACCCGGAUUGAAAAGAGAAUUGUGAUCACAGGAGAUGGCGAUAUUGACCAUGAUCAGGUCCUUGUGCAGGCCAUCAAGGAGGCCAAGGAGCAGCACCCAGACAUGUCCGUGACCAAGGUGGUCGUUCAUCAGGAGACGGAAAUCUCUGAGGAAUGA